AUGGCUUUGAGCAGCCAAAGAGCCUCCACUUCUGCUCCUUCAGCUUCUCCAUGGAAAUACCAUGUGUUCUUGAGUUUUAGGGGCAUAGACACUCGCAGACGUUUUGCGGCUCAUCUAUAUCACAGAUUGUGGUUUCGCUCAAUUACAACUUUCAGGGACGACAAUGAACUUGUAAGAGGUACAACUAUUUCACCAAAUCUACUGAGAGCAAUUGAAGAAUCGUGGAUUGCGAUCGUUAUCCUCUCACCAAACUAUGCUUCUUCAUCCUGGUGCCUAGAUGAGGUUUCAAAGAUUGUUGAGUGCAAGGACGUGGACACCAUUCUACCAAUUUUUUAUGAUGUAGAUCCUACUGAUGUCCGAAAACAAAUGGGAACUUUUGCGGAAGCCUUCAACAAUCACAAAAAGAACUUUAAAAAAGACAAAGCAAAGCUACAACGCUGGAGAGCUGCUCUUACAAAAGUUAGUAAUAUCUCUGGCUGGAUUUCUAAAGACAGAGAUGAGAGCGAACUUAUCAAUGAAAUUGUGGAAGAAGUGUGUAACAAAGUGCAUCCUACAAUAUUCACAUUGCCAGGUUCCCUAACAAAGUUGGUGGGAAUUGAUUUUAGACUGAAGAAAAUAGAAUUGCUAUUAGAUCGUGAGGCAAAAGAUGUUCGCUUUAUAGGGAUAUGGGGGGAUGGUGGCGCAGGUAAGACAACUACAGCAAGACUUGUUUAUGACAGAAUUUCCCAUCACUUUGAUGUUAGCUGCUUUCUUGCUAGUGUGAGAGAGGUUUGUGCAACACAUGGGCUUGUUCAUUUACAAAAACAACUUCUUUCCCCAAUCUUGAAGCAAAAAGUGAAUGAUGUUUGGAAUGUUCAUAGUGGAUCCGACAUGACCAAGUACUGUUUGUGUAAUAAAAAAGUGCUUCUCGUUAUUGAUGAUGCGGAUCAGUUAAACCAACUGGAAGUAUUGGCCGGAAAGAAAGACUGGUUUGGUUUGGGGAGCAGAAUCAUUAUUACAACCAGAAAGGAAUGUCUCUUGAUUGAACAUCACGUAGAGGAACGAUAUCAACUCUUGGGAUUACAAGACAGUGAAGAUUUUCAUCCCCCCAGAAGGGAUGAGCCUGAAAGAGAUCUUAACUUGCAACUGCCUAAGAAGCUGCCUAAUUCAAUCGAACAUCGAAAAGAUGAUGAACCCACUAAAGUUCAGUCGAAGAAAGAUGAACAAGUUGGCAAAGUUCCCAAUGCUGUUGAAGAAGGUGUGAACAUGGAUUCUCCUCCUAAUUUCAAGGCUGACGACAGGGUUCCUUAUGGCUCAGACUAUGAUGCAAGCAUGGCUAAAGACUUCGAGAAGAAGCUUGGUAACUUUUAUCAACGCCGAAUUGAGUCAGCUAGUGGAGAAGGGUUCAGCUUAGGUAGAAAAGCAGUACUCAAGCAUGGUCUAAGACAGACCCUUGACCAUAUUGCGAUGACAGGAAGCUUUCCACUUGUAUAG